CUUCCUUUUAAGCUCGGCGCCUGGGAGGUGGGGCCCACGCGGAGUCAACAUGAGGAUCGAGAAAUGUUACUUCUGUUCCGGGCCGAUCUACCCUGGCCACGGCAUGAUGUUCGUCCGCAACGACUGCAAGGUGUUCCGAUUUUGCAAAUCCAAGUGUCAUAGAAACUUCAAGAAGAAGCGGAAUCCACGCAAGGUCAGGUGGACUAAAGCCUUCCGGAAGGCAGCUGGCAAGGAGCUCACGGUGGACAACUCAUUCGAAUUUGAAAAACGUAGAAACGAACCUGUGAAGUAUCAGCGAGAGCUGUGGAAUAAAACUAUUGAUGCAAUGAAGAGGGUUGAAGAGAUCAAACAGAAACGGCAGGCCAAGUUUAUAAUGAACAGGUUGAAGAAAAACAAAGAGCUACAGAAGGUUCAGGAUAUCAAAGAAGUCAAACAGAACAUCCAUCUUAUCCGGGCUCCUCUUGCAGGCAAAGGAGAGCAGCUGGAGGAAAAAAUGGUACAGCAGUUACAGGAGGAUAUGGACACGGAGGGCACUUCCUGAUGGUGCCGCCUGCAGCCAGACCUGUGCACACUGGAAACCAGUGGAGACUGUUGGUCCCUAAGUUAUUGAUUGGUUACAUAAUGUCCCCCAGGCAAAGGUGACUCACAUGCUUCUCUCUACAGUGCAGCCUGUAAAAGCAUCCAUUGCGGGUGUUAGGUCUCAACUCAAUGUUCUGCUUCACUGUGUUAUGCUCACAGAAACAUACAAGUUUGUGUGUAGAUGAAGGUGUGAACCCUGGGCAUAACAUGGUUGAAUUGUUGCUUAAUGGCACCAGGCAGCAUUUCUGCACUAUCAUGCUAGUGUAAAAUCUGUAAUAAAGUAAUAUUUUCCUUGCACUAGGAUAGUCUGUUUAUUAGGGCUAUUGAUGCAGAGCUCACAGCAAGGAACUCACCGUUCUCAUGACAACCCCAGUCUCUUGUUUUGCUUUAGUCUGUUCAGUAUCUCCUUAGAGUUGCAUAAUGGCCUCAUACCGUGCCACCGUGCUGCUGAGUUAUGCUGGGCUGUCUGCCCUGCUUCAGCCGUGUAGUCUGCAGCUUGUGGGGGUGGACCGGGCUCCAAGUUGGGACUUCUGCUCCCUCCACCCCCAGUUCUCUCCAGCCUAGUAAUGGUCUAGAAGCAGAAGAAUCUUGGUGCCUUUUAAAAUUUAUUUUGUGGUUUUCUUUUUCUUUUUCUUUUUUUUUGAGACAGGGUCUCUUUUGUGCAGCUUUAGCCGUCCUGGAACUCAGAGAUCUACCUGCCUCUGUCUCCUGUAUACUGGGAUUAAAGGUGUGCACCAUCACACCAAGCAUUUUUGAUUUUCUUAAAAACAAAAAAACAAACAAAAAAAAACCCCAGCCAAACAUAAACCUCUUUGUUUUUGGAAAACAGAAUGGAAAGAAUGUUGCCUAUUAAUUUGUAAAUAAAACCAUUUCUAAAGUGA